CCAAUAUGAGUGCUCAUAUGCUAUCAACAUGAAGGCAACGCCACAGUGGCACAGGCGAUGAUGCGGGACACAAGCGGCAAAUGUAUGAGUAUGCGCCGCUACUUUUUAUUCGGACGACAUUGUGGGCUUGUGUCGACGCCUUCGAUGAAGCAACCUAUCAUCUCCUAACACGCCCACGUCCACACCCACCCAAUCUACUCAUACGAGACGGCUUGCCUUUACGGGCCCUGCAACCGGCGUGGGAAAAAAAAACCCCCCCGCAAAAAAUCAGCCCGGACGGCGAGGAUCCACGCAACUGCAACUCCCAAGCGGCACUUCUCGACUCCAGAGACCAGCAACCCCCCCCCACACGACAGGCCAGACAAACAGCUGACCGCUCGCAGCUUAUCUCCCGAUCCGCGCGAGGGGGCCGCCGCCGAUACCAGACAUCCUUCCCAGCUCAUCUCCGGCCACGCCCGCUUUGUUAUGGAGGCUGACAUCAGAGCCGCCAUCCCGGACAUCGACCCGGUUGUUUCCGAGUAUUCUGUGGGCUAUCUCAGACAUGCAUCGACCGCCUGGGUUGGCGACGAGGAGGAAUCUCCCGAUCUGUCGCCCCUGGCCGAGGCCGCCGCCGCUAUCACCGAGCUCCUGCUCUCCGCCUCCGGCGACGUCACCGGCUCCAACCAGGACAAGAUUCGCGCCCUCGUCUCCAAGUGGGUCGACAAGUAUGAGGAGGUCAACAGCAGCAACGGCGAGAGGCGCGGCCCGUCUGCCGUGAAGCGGCUCGACCAAGCCAUUCAGGUCGGCGCUCAGCGGAAUAUGUCCUCCACCUUGGCUGUGGCUACCGGGACUGUCGACCUCGAGUCCGCAAACGCCCGCAAGGUCGAGUCCAAGGUCGACCGGAAGAAGCUUGAGAAGGCGGAGCGCAAGAUCGCCGCCAAGCAGAACAAGAAGCAGUUCAAGACGGUCGAGUAUGAAGCGUCCCGGCUGCUCAACCAAUCCGAUAGCGCCCAGAGCUACGAGGAGUUUUACAUGGCUGUCAAUCCUCUCCAGCUUGGUUCAAGCGGUGGCACCAACAAGACCAAGGAUAUCAAGAUCGAGAACGUCGACGUCGGCAUUGGUGGCACGCGGAUCCUUACCGAUACAGACUUGACUCUCGCCUACGGACACCGCUAUGGCUUGGUCGGCCACAAUGGUGUCGGUAAAUCCACGCUGCUCCGGGCGCUGUCCAGGCGAGAGCUCCCCGUCCCGACACAUAUCUCCAUUCUCCACGUCGAGCAAGAGAUCACCGGCGAUGACACGUCCGCCUUGCAGGCCGUCUUGGACGCCGACGUUUGGCGUAAAGUGUUGCUCAAGGAGCAAGCAGAAACCGGCGCACGCCUUGCCGAGAUCGAAUCACAGCGGUCAUCUAUGGCGGAUACCUCUGCCGAUGCUGCUAAGCUAGAUCAUGACCGGGAGACACUCGAUCAGAAGCUUGGAGAAAUCCAGGCUAAAUUGGCCGAGAUGGAGUCGGACAAGGCCGAGUCUAGAGCUGCCAGUAUUCUGGCUGGACUGGGCUUCUCGCCGGAACGUCAACAAUUCGCCACCAAAACAUUCUCUGGUGGUUGGCGCAUGCGUCUGGCCCUCGCCAGAGCCCUUUUCUGCGAGCCUGACCUUCUGCUCCUCGACGAACCGUCCAAUAUGUUGGACGUUCCGUCGAUUACCUUCCUUUCCAACUACCUCCUAACGUACCCUAGCACCGUCCUAGUAGUCAGCCAUGACAGGGCGUUCCUGAAUGAGGUUGCGACGGAUAUCAUACACCAGCAUUCGCAGCGACUCGAUUACUACAGAGGCGCGAACUUCGAGUCCUUCUAUGCUACUAGGGAAGAACGCAAGAAGGCUGCGAAGCGAGAAUACGAAAACAACGCGGCACAGCGCGCUCAUCUACAGGCGUUUAUCGACAAGUUCCGCUACAACGCCGGCAAGGCUGCCGAAGCGCAGUCGCGCAUCAAGAAGUUGGAGCGUAUGCCGGUGCUGGAACCGCCAGAGUCGGAAUACAGCGUCAAGUUUCGGUUUCCCGAGGUGGAGAAGCUCUCGCCGCCUAUCGUGCAGAUGACGGGCGUCACGUUCGGGUACACGAGCGACAACAUACUCCUCAAGGACAUCGAUCUCGACGUGCAGCUGGACUCGCGGAUCGGCAUCGUCGGCCCCAACGGCGCGGGCAAGACCACGAUCCUGAAGCUGCUCAUCGGCAAGCUCUCGCCGACAAAAGGGGUGAUAUCGCAGCACUCGCGGCUGCGGGUGGGGUUCUUCGCGCAGCACCACGUGGACGCGCUGGACCUGACGGUGAGCGCGGUCAGCUUCAUGGCGAAGACGUACCCGGGGCGGACGGACGAGGAGUACCGGCGGCAGCUGGGGGCGUUCGGCAUCACGGGCACGACGGGGCUGCAGAAGAUGGAGGUGCUGUCGGGGGGGCAGAAGUCGCGGGUGGCGUUCGCGUGCCUGGCGCUGACGCAGCCGCACAUCCUGGUGCUGGACGAGCCGUCGAACCACCUGGACAUCGAGGCGAUGGACGCGCUGUCGGAGGCGCUGCGCGAGUUCCAGGGCGGCGUGCUGAUGGUGUCGCACGACGUGACGAUGCUGCAGACGGUGUGCAGCAGCCUGUGGGUGUGCGAGGGCGGCACCGUGUGGAAGUUCCCCGGCGACGUCCAGCAGUACAAGAAGCGGAUCGCGGCCCAGGCCGACGCCGCCGGCGUCGUCAAGGCGCAUUAGAGCGCGGGGUGGGUGACGGGGGA